GUAGAUGGAGUGACUGCAGCGAAAAAAACAUCUGUAUGCGCCUAAAAUCUUCCAGAUGGCGAUGGGGAAUAGGUUUAAUGUGCAGAGUUAACCCUUUCCAGUGAUAAUCUCGUAACUUCCCGCACACGCGCUUCCACAGAGAUCCUCCCACUAAACGUUCUCAAACUCUUGCUACUGAGAGCGAACCGCCAGUGAGUGAACUUUGUUGUUCUAAAACUCAGCUCUGACAAGUUUUACAUUUUUAGCUUUGGAGGAAGAUAAUUUUAGGAAAACCGCAGCUGAUUCUUCUUGCGGCUUUAAGGCUGUGAACACUUUAUACAGGUGAGUGUUUGUUCUUGUAACUUCAAUUUUUAAUGAAAGGCUUUGAGUAAUGUUGGUGUUCUCAAUAACACGAAUCCAUUCAUCUAUAUUAUAACUAUUUGACAUGUUAACUAGCUGGAUGUGUUUUGUGGCAAGGACAGAUGAGCCCCUCAUAUGUUUUUGCCUCACUUAUUUGAUAAUUCUAUUUAAUUAUUAGAUAAUAGGCAAUGGUUCUGUGCCAUAAUCCAUUCUUUAACAUAGUAAAUAAUACAUAUUUAGAAAAAUAAUUGUUUGUAAAAUAUUUCCUUUUAAAAUAAAAAAGCAGGUCCUGACAUAAUCUGUAAAGAUUGAUUAUGUUGCAUGUGUAAUAUAUAGACAUUUACUUACACACACACACACACACACAGUCAUUUAGCAACUGAAGAGAUGUUCUGAACAAUAGAACUCUCAACAGAGUACAAAAAAAAUUAAACCAUUCCUAUGUUGUGAAAUAAAUACAAACGGAGUGCAUAUGGUGUAAAAUUAUCCAGAUGAGAAAGCAAAAGGGUAUGAAAAAUGUCAUCCACAAUGUUCAGUCAUAUUAAGUGAUCUCUAAAGUGACAGCACUUAAAAUGAAUGUGUGUCUUGAUGUGAAAAAUAAUGCUUUCUAUUGUCAGUAAUAUUCAUUGGUACUCUUGGUUAAACAUACUGGAUCAACAUUUGAUGUUUUCAAAGUAUUUUCAUCAGAAUAAGAAAAGUUGUAGGCCUGCUAUUUGUAUAUUUGAAUCACAAAUGAGUUGAAGGGUUCAUGUCCAAAUAACAAAAAUCAACAAAAUCAUCUGUUUUUUAUUUAAAAAAAGAAACAGUUUGAGCUGUGGUGCAGUGGGUACUACACAAGGUAAUGCAAUUUGAUUUUGUUUUGAAUCAUGUCCUGAUGAUUCCAUUUUCUGUCUCUUCUAUCUCUAUGUCCUGUAAAUUAAAACCCAUUAGGAGAGAAAGAUAACGUAUUUCCACUUUUUGUACCUUAUUGAAGAUAUUAUUCAGCCACGGUUAAUUGAACCAUUGUGUUUCCUUAGCAGAUCUAAUUGCUAAUGGAGAAACUGGUGAGCCAUUACUUGUCCAGAAUCUCCUGAGCUCUAUCAUGUCACUUAGGAUUUUAUGUGCUUUGCUUUUUUCUCUGAUUGCCCAAACAGAACAGGAUGGACACCCAGUUCCUAUAGAAGAGGUGAAACUGUAUUCAGAAGAACCCUAUUGUGCAUCAUCUGAUUGUGGUGCAUGGGUGUUGAACGUUACAUGGAGAGAUAAGUUUGCUGAAAAUAAUGAAUACGAGAAAGUCAGCUACGACAUUGUGGUCCUUCGUACUGAACAGAUGACGACUGUUCACAAUGAAACCAUACAUGUGAUGCCAGACAAAACAUCCUAUUAUCAUUGGAAAUGGACUUCACCUAUACCGUUGCAGUGCACUUCCCAUUCAGUCAAACUUAGGCGCCAUAAUGAGCAUGACGUUGGUGAAUGGACACCAUUAUACACACAUGAAGGACAAGAUAUAAAUGCUGCAAAAACAACUAUCUAUCCUCGUGAUCAAGUUUUCAUGGUUGGGAGUAACGUCACGUUCUGUUGCAUCGUGGAAACAGAUAAGGUUCCAUUGUCUAAAUUUCUAAAUCGCAUCAGCAACAGGACAUACAUCACAGAACCAAUUCCAUAUAAAGAGUCUGAUGUACCCAACAUACAUUGUUGUGUUGAGGGAAACAGUUCUGGAUCUUCAGUAUUUAUUGCCUAUCCCCCAGAUGACCAGAAUCUUACAUGUAUAACACGGAAUCUCAGCUCUGUGGAGUGUCACUGGGAAACGGGUCGAAAAACCCAUCUGCAUGGUGAUAAAAAGACAAGUUAUACACUUAAUGGAAGAGAUUGUAAACUUGAUAAUAAAUGUGUCAUACGUGCGGAGACAAAGCAGGUGACAAAAUGGACCCUGAUUGCCAAAAAUCCUCUUGGUGUAAAGACUCUCACUGAUACAGCUGACCCUACACACCGAGUAUGGUUGAGAGCACCCAGUGAUAUAUCCCAUGAUGCUUAUGCAAGAAAUGUCUCUCUUUGGUGGCAUUGGAAUGAGGAAAACUACGCUUUGUUGCCGAUGAUUUGUCAAGUGAACCUCAGUGGAAGGAUUUACAAUGAAACCUUCAAUGGAGUGGGACUUUCAUCAAUUGUCCUUAAAAACCUGCAGCCCUUUGUUAAAUACACAGCUCAAGUAAGAUGUGGGUCUCUUAAGCACUUUUACAAAUGGGGCGACUGGAGUAAAAUUACUGAGUUCUCCACUAAAGAGGAUAUUCCAGAAGCAGUAGAUGUUUGGAUUCAUUAUUCUGAACAAAAUACAUCUGUCCUGUGGAAGCCUCUAACUCAACAACAAAGCCAUGGGAUAAUUACAGGAUAUGAAAUUACCAUUGAAAACCCCAAAGAUGCGAGCAGAAAAAUUUACAAAGAACUAAAUACACAGCUGUGCUACAACAUCACAUCUGGGAAUGAAGAAAGUGAUCGAAUCAUCAGAGUCUCAGCAAAAAACUCUGCUGGUCUUUCUCCUCCUUCUACCAUCAUCAUCCCGAGUUAUCCUGACAAUGAAGUCGAUAUAAGCCUUAUCAGUAGCAGUAAUGGUAGCUUUGAAAUGUCUUGGGAAGAAUACCCCUAUUCUACUUGUGGCUAUGUUGUUGAAUGGUUUCCAACAUACAAAAAGACGCAAUGUGCUGUAGAAUGGAAGAAGAUCUCAGAAUGUGACACUUGUGCCUUUGACAGCUGGAAUCAAUCUGGUGCUAUUAAGGAAGGAGUGAGAUACACUGUCUCUGUCUAUGCCUGCACAGAUGAUUCACCAAAGCUUCUCAAGAGGAGUGAAGGUUAUGCUAUAGAGAAACAACCGGGGAAAGUUGAGCAUCUGGAAGCUAAAAAUAAAGGAAGAAAUGUUGAGCUUUCUUGGGCCGAAGUUCCCUUAGAACAGCAAAACGGGUUCAUACAAGGCUACAAGGUCAUAACAUUGCUUUCUGGUUCUGAAACGAUUAAUAACAUGGUGUUGAUAAAGGAGCCUCAAGUUAAUUUGAAAUUAGAUCCAGGCUCCUAUACCUUCCGUGUUAGUGCCUUUACAUCUGGAGGGGAAGGUGACUAUGCUGCAACCACAAUGAAAGUAGAAAACAGCAAUGACCAGAUGAUUACAGCCACUAUUGUGGGCUGCAGUGCAGCAACUCUCGUCUUCAUUAUCAUCACAGUCCUUUGCCACAGGAAACGGAAAUGGUUAAAGAAACUGUUGUAUCCAGAUAUUCCUGAACCAAAACUUGCAGGGAAAUGGAUCACAAAGGGUAUUUAUUGUACCCAGAUGACCGAGGGGUACAUUAAGUGUGAGAUCCAAGAGGUCCACGGUUUAGAGCAUCCUGCAAUGUCAGAAAGUCUACAUGGCCUUGACCUCAUCAGCUCUAACUCCAAAGUGGUUCCUGCACAACAUUUCUACAAGAACUUUUCUGAGUCUCCUGCUGAUGUCUCGUACUGUCCUGUUGAGAAGCUUACCUCAGUUAUUGAAAACCCUUCUUAUAAUAUGACCAUACUAGAUUCAUUUGAUGUUGCUCAGAUAUUCGAUCUUACACUGGAAAUGCAGGAUGCUUACCUCCCAGCCCCUAACUUUGUUCAGAAUAAUUUUGUUGUCAAAGACUCCUACAAGCCCCAGUCAGCAUCUCCUACAAACGCAUAGCUCCAGUAGAUAGACCUCAGUGUCACACCAUCUAAUUACAAAUUAUGCCAAUGUAAAUGCCAGUGAAUUCAUGUUAUUUAUGAAGCACUGUACCGUUUUCUUAGCACUAUCUCUUGCAUUUUUUUUUAAACACUGUGAUGAAAAAAAAAGCUGUGACCACCUUUAAAACUGCCUCUGUAUAUUUGCAUUUAAUUUACAUUUAUGGUAACACUUUAGAUUAGGGAACAAAUAUUCAUGAUUAACUAAGAGUUUUCCCUCAAUAAACUUAUUAAUAGUUAGUAAGGUAGUUGUUAAAUUUUGUUUUGGAGUUGGGUUAAGGGAUCUAGAAUAUGGUCAUGCAGAAUAAGGCAUUAAUAUGUGCCUAAUAAGUAGGCCUACUAAUAAUCAGCCAACAUGGUGGUAAUAUAUAUAUAAGCUACUAGUUAAUAGUGAGAAUUGGUCCUUAAAAUAAAGUGUUACCACAUUUGUUUAUUUAACACAUACUCUCAACAUAGGUAAACCCAACCCAUCACCUUGAUGUUGCUAGCAUUAAUAGUUCCCUCUUGUGGCCUAAAUACUAUGUUGAAAUAUAAAGAUUAAGGCCAUGAUGAACACUUAUAAAGAAAAAAAUGUCAAACAUGUGUACAUAUUCUAGAUGUUUUGAUUGCUUUCUUAUUAACAGACGAGAGAUUGUACCUAAAUAAAACUCAGUUUGUGCUUAAAGA